AUGGAGACUCAAGGCCAAGGACCGUGGGAGGUCUCUGAGGGCGCCUGCUAUGUUGCCCUCACCUAUGAUGUUCUCGACGCCACGGCUAUCAUGAACCGAGUGCGCUCACCACAAGCCGGCGCAAUCGUGCUCUUCUCCGGCACGACGCGCGACUCUUUUGGCGAUAAACCCGUAAAAGAACUACAAUACAGCGCAUACACACCCCUUGCUCUGCGUACCAUGCUCUCCAUCGCUAAGAACAUGCUCGAGAAGCACGGCCUGAAGGGUGUGGCCAUGAUUCAUCGCCUCGGCACCGUACCCAUCGGGGAAGAGAGCAUCUUAAUCGCAGUGUCUUCGCCGCACCGACAGGCGGCCUGGAGGGCUGGCGAGGAGGCUUUGGAGGAAUGUAAAGCCAAAGUCGAAGUUUGGAAGAGGGAGGAAUUUCACGGCGAAGAUGGUGUGUGGAGGGCAAACCGGGAUGGAAUCGCAGGACAAAAGGUCACCGAGCUGGAAAAGACAACUGCAGGACUGGACGCCGGGCCAUCUGCGCCGACCACAUGA